CGCGGCAUGGCAGAAAACCGAGAGCCUCGCGGGGCCGUCGAGGCCGAGCUGGACCCGGUGGAGUACACGCUCCGGAAGCGGCUUCCCCACCGCCUGCCCCGCAGGCCCAACGACAUCUACGUCAACAUGAAGACUGACUUCACGGCCCAGCUGGCCCGCUGCCAGAAGCUGCUGGACGGAGGGGCGCGGGGUCCGAACGCCUGCGCAGAGAUCUACAUCCACGGCCUGGGCCUGGCCAUCAACCGCGCUAUCAACAUCGCCCUGCAGCUGCAGGCGGGCAGCUUCGGGUCCUUGCAGGUGGCCGCCAAUACCUCCACCGUGGAGCUCGUGGAUGAGCUGGAGCCAGAGGCUGACGCGCGAGAGCCGCUGACCCGAAUCCGAAACAACUCCGCCAUCCACAUCCGCGUCUUCAGGGUCACGCCCAAGUAAGCGAACCGAGGCUGGCCUCCCCCGCCUCCGCUCCAGCAGCGCCCCACCGGCCCGGCGUGGUGCUCGUGCCGAGUAAUGUCGUGGACCUCUGAUCUGAGCCACGUAAGAAAAGGCCUGUUCCUGGACAGCCCGAAGGACUCUGCAUCGAGGGAGGGGAUGACUGCCUUUUGUUCGGCCCAAGCGGUGGGUCUUCCCGAAUCCGUGUGCUCUGUAACUACUGUCCUAUACAAUAAAAAGUACCAAAUAGUGUUA